AUGGCUGGAGAUCGUAUCGCUGCCUCUUUGGCGGCCAACCCCCAUAGUGAUCGUGGUGACAAGAAGAGAGUUGUCACCCUCGGCAACGUUCGUCUUCGUGAUCAGGACACGAACGAGAUCAUCCUGAUCCCGACACCUUCUUCUGACCCCAAUGAUCCCCUCAACUGGCCACAAUGGUACAAGUACUAUAUGGCGACCGUCAUCUGCCUGGCCAUGAUGAUUUGCAACUUUCUGGCGGCAGGGCCCUCGAUUGCCAUGGUCAACAUCACCAUGGAGUUCUUCGUUGGUGCCCAUCCAGGAAGAAACCCCAAGCUCUUCCACGAAGCUGUAGCCAAGGUUGCGUACUUUUUCACCACCUGUGCUCUCAUGCAGGGUAUUGGAAACUUUUUCUGGGUCCCUGUUGCCAACAAAUGGGGACGCCGGCCGACUUAUGUCUUCAGCUAUUUGAUCUACUUUGCCUCUGCUGUCUGGCUUUGCUUCGAGCGCUCCUAUGGCGGGUUUCUUGCCGGCCGUGUCAUCAUGGGCUUUGGUGCCGGUGCUGCCGAGACAAUCGCCCCCAUCACCAUCGCCGACAUCUUCUUCCUCCACGAGCGAGGUACAGUCAUGGCUUUAUACAGCUCCUUUCUCGCUGUCGGUGUAGCCAUCGGUCUCAUCAUCUCAGGCGUCAUCACAAUCGACCACCACUGGCGUGUAAUCUUCCAAGUUGCUUCCGCCCUCGUCGGCCUCGUCCUCCUCAUCGCAUUCUUCGCCUUUCCCGAAACAGCCUACAUCCGUGAGACCCCUUCCAACAGCGACGACUCCUCCUCCACCGGCACCCCCAACCAACGCUCCUCCACAGAAAAGAACCCAACUGCCACCAUCUCCGACCCUGAGUCCCGCCGUGUUGGCAGUUCCCCCCUCCCAAAGAAAGCCUCCUACCUCUCCACUCUCAAAAUCUUCCACGGGACUAUCACCCACGAGUCAUUCUUCAAACUGACCGUUCGUCCCCUCGGUCUGAUUUGCCUCCCCCCUGUCCUCUGGGCUGCCCUUGUUGAAGCCGCCACCAUUGGGUUUCUGGUUGCUAUGACAUCCAAUGUUGAGAUCGCCUACGAAGCAACCUACAGAUUCAAGUCAUGGCAGGUAGGCGUCUGCUUUGUCUCUGCUUUGGUCGGUUCGCUGGCAGGUAUACCGCUUGGUGGAUGGUGGGGAGACAAAGUAGCGGAUUACUUCACCAAGAGAAACAACGGGAUUAGAGAUCCGGAAAUGAGACUGCCGGCGAUGAUACCUGCCAUGAUCACCGCGCCGUUGGGGCUGGUGAUUUUUGGGGUGGGGAUUGAGAAGAGCUUGCAUUGGAUGGUGCCGAAUUUGGGGAUUGCGUUGUUGAAUUUUGCUAUUGUUCAGGGAACGAAUGUGGCGCUGGUGUAUGUCAUUGAUGCUUACCGGCCUGUGGCAGGGGAGAUCACACUUGCGGUCAUGGGAUUCAAGAGUUUGUUUGGGUUUUUGCUGUCGUUUUAUACGAAUACUUGGGUGCAGCAGGCGGGCUAUCUGAAUGCGUAUGGGACGAUGGCGGCGAUCUCGGCGGCGGUGUUGGUUUGCUGGGUGCCGUUGUAUUUCUGGGGGAAGACGAUUAGGCAUGUUACUUGGGGUUGGCCGGUGAUUGGGUAUAUUCAUUGGAGUGAGGAUCGGGAGGUUGGUGAGUGA